GGCCCGAAGAUGCCAAGGUGGCUACCAUUCGUGACUGGCCACGACCUUAGUGUGUGACCGUGGUCAGAUCUUUCUUAGGGAUGACCAACUACUACCGCAAUUUUGUAAAGAACUAUAGCACUGUGACCUCCCCUUUGACUGAUCAAACUCGCCUUGACACACCAUGGGAAUGGACCGACAAGUGUGAAGCUGCUUUCAAGCGUUUGAAGCAUGCUCUCAUGCACCAUGAGAUUCUCAUGGUUCUCGAUCUGGAGAGGCCAUUCGUUGUCACCACUGACACAAGCCAAUAUGGCAUUGGCGCAGUGCUGGCUCAACAGGAAGGGAAAAAGUUGAGGCCGAUCAAGUACACGAGUAGGAAGAUGCCAUCAAAGAAGUUGGUGAAGUCCACCUACGAAAGGGAAUUCUAUGCCCCUUACAAAGCACUUGUCCACUGGAGACACUAUCUGUUGGGAAGGUUCUUCUACUUGAGAAUUGGCCAUCAGACACUCAAGUGGAUCAAAACGCAGCCUGUCCUUUCUGAUGCACUCAAACGCUGGAUUGAGGUCAUAGGCCAAUAUGAGUUCAAGCUAGAUUAUGUGAAGGGAGAGUACAACAAGGUUGCUGAUGCGCUGUCACAUAGGGUAGACUACUUAGGGUUCACGAGAUUAGUUGUUCCAUCUACUGAGAUUUUGCGUAGUUUGUUUGUAGGUGAAUGUCAUGACGCAACGGGACAUUUUGGCUACAAAAAGACUAGUGCAAAUCUGGUACAGGGAUUCUGGUUGCCUGGUAUGUUAGACGAAGCUAAGCAAUACGUACAGACUUGUCAAGUGUGUCAACAGGACAAGCCGCGAGCGCAAGCUCCGCUUGGGUUACUCAAACCCUUGCCCAUUCCUGCUGGUUUGGGACAGAGCGUCUCCAUGGACUUCAUGGAUACCCUCGUGACCAGCAAGAGUGGCAAGAGGCAUGUCUUUGUCUUAGUUGAUAGGUUUACUAACUACACUAGACUAAUUGCCAUGCCAGAGACUGCAAGGACUGAACACGUCAUCAAGUUAUUUAUGGAUAACUGGGUGUGUGACUUUGGACUGCCAAAGACUAUCGUUAGUGACAGAGAUGUUCGUUUCACCAGGGAAAUGUGGAAGAAGGCUGCAGAACAGAUGGGCAGCCAACUCCAAAUGACUUAUGGGAAUCAUCCUGAAGCCAAUGGGCAAGCUGAACAGAUGAACCGAGUGGUGCAGCAUCUGCCGAGGCAUUAUGUUAAGCCCAACCAAGAUGACUGGGAUCAGAAGUUACCUCUCAUCGCCAGCCUGUACAACAAUGCUGUGCACAACACCACCGGAGUCAGUCCGAAUCAGCUGCAUCUGGGGUGGAAGUCUAGAUCUGCUCGAGAAUUCCUCCUGCCUGAAAACCGAUCUGUUGCAACCCUUGGAACCAUAAAAUUUGGUGUUCAGUAUGAGAACUUGCUGCAGCAAGCUGUUGAGCACAUCAAGAAAUCUCAAGAAGCAAUGAUUGCUUCUGAGAACAAACAUCGACAACAGUCCACAUUUCAGGGUGGCAGUGGCAAAGUUGUUCCACUUGCGUUUGAACUCUUCUUGGCGAUCUCCAAGCCUCUCUACAGCGGUGCACAGUGCACCGAUUUCGUUUGCAGCUUGGAGGCUGCGAGACAGCAGGCUGCCCGCAUACGACAACCUGCGACGGAGGUUGGGAGAACACUGUUGUGGCUUUGUGGUGAAGAAGCGGCCGUGCAAAUUCUCGGGCAUGGCGCGAUAGAAGAGUUGGGCAAGUUGAGUCUCAGUGACUCCAUGUCCAGGGAGAGCGACAAGCUCAUCCAUAGCAGCUUUGAACGCACGUGCACUCCUCCAGUGUGGCGUGUGGAUCGUUUGAAGUUUGUCAGACGCCCUAAUGCCCUUAGUGACGUUUGCAAAGCGUUCGUGGACAGCGGACAAAAACUCACUCAAGUUAGGAAUGGAGGAGUAUCUGACCAUGUCAUUGUCACAUUUAGCAGCGAGUGCAAGCGACCUAGCGAAACUGACCGCUUUUUCCUUCAAGGCUUGGAAGGCAACACGAACGUGAUUUCUGGCAUUGGUGCCGUGUUACAGCAAGAUGGUGGCAAUGGGUACAGACCCGUAGAGUUCAUGUCUACUAGGUUGCCUUCAGAGUGCUGCCAUUGCGCAAUCCUCAAGAGUGGGAUGAGACACAUCUUUGUUAUCGUGGAUAGGUUUAGUAAGUACGCUAGGUUAGUUGCAAUGCCGGAGACAGCAAAGACCGAGUAUGUGAUUAAACUCUUCAAGGAGAACUGGGUCAGAGACUUUGGGCUCCCAAAGUCUAUUGUUAGUGACAGGGAUGUCAGAUUCACAAGUGAGUUGUGGAAGGCUGCAGCUGCAGAACAGGGUACACAGCUGCAGAUGACCUCCGGGAACCACCCAGAGGCAAACGGCCAAGCAAAGCAACUGAACCGCGCUAGGUGUGAGGCUGCCUCCAAACAUUUGAAGCAUGCGCUGACGCACCAUGAGGUCUUGAAGCUUCCUGAUCCUGACAAGCCAUUUAUAAUAACCACGGAUGCUAGCCAAUAUGUCAUAGGCGUCGUGAUCGCGCAGCAGGAGGGGCCAAAGUUGACCCCUGUCGAGUACAUGCCCAAAAAGAUGCCCUCUCAGAAGUUGGCCAAGUCCACCUAUGAGAAGGAGCUCUAUGCGAUCUAUAAGGCGCUAACCCACUGGAGGUACUACCUCCUUGGGAGGUUCUUCUACGUCAGGACUGAUCACCAGACACUGAAGUGGAUGAGAACCCAGCCAGUGCUCUCUGACACAUUGAAAAGAUGGAUCGAAGUCAUUGAACAGUAUGACUUCGAGCCUCAGUACAUCAAAGGAGAGUACAACAAAGUUGCUGAUGCGCUGUCGCGUAGGCCAGACUUCCUCGGUGUGCUGUCAACUGAGUUUGGGUUUGGGGACAAUGUCACUCGUUCUUUGGUGGAAACCUAUCGUGAGGAUCUGUUUAUGGUUGAGAUCAUACGUAGACUCGAGGCGAAGGACAAAGCGACUUCCACUGACUUUGAGUUGGUCAACGACCUGCUGUUCCUUGAGAAGGCCGGGAAUAAACGUUUGUGUGUGCCUAAUCGGGAGUCUUUGCGUAGUUUGUUUUUAGGUGAGUGUCACGAUGUCACAGGACAGUUUGACUAUAAAAAGACUGCAACCAACUUGCUGCAGCAGUUCUGGUGGCCCACAAUGAUGAGAGACGCCAAGCUGUACGUGGAGACUUGUCAAGUCUGUCAGAGAGACAAGCCACGUACACAGGCCCCUCUUGGGCUUCUCAAGCCCCUUUCGAUACCGGAAAGGCCGGGUGAGAGCCUGUCCAUGGACUUCAUGGACACGCUGGUCACCAGCAAGAGUGGAAUUCGAUAUGUCUAUGUUAUUGUGGAUAGGUUUAGUAAGUACGCUAGGUUAGUCGCAAUGCCUGCAACAGCCAAGACUGAGUACGUAAUCAAGCUGUUCAAGGAAAACUGGGUCAGAGAUUUGGGAUUGCCAAAGUCUAUCGCGAGUGACCAGGACGUGCGAUUUACUAGUGAACUGUGGAAGGCUGCAGCUGCAGAACAGGGUACACCGCUGCAGAUGACCUCCGGGAACCACCCAGAGGCAAGCGGACAAGGAGAGCAGCUGAAUCGCGCUGUACAACACCUGUUGAGGCACUACAUUAAGCCCAACCAGGUGGACUGGGAUGAGAAACUGGCUCUCAUCGCCAGCCUGUACAACAAUGCUGUGCGCAGCGCAACAUGGAGCACCACCCCGUAUACUGAGGCUCAGGAAGAGCAAGCCGCCGCCGUCCUAAAAGAGAGAAAAGGAAAAGGGGCUAAGAUGGAGUUGAUCAAGCAGGCCAAGAAGUUGGCCUUGAUGGAGGAGCAGGCGACAAAGAAGAAGAAAUUGGAGGAGAUGGAGAAGUUGAAAAAAGAAAAGGAGGAGAAGUUGAAGGCAGUAGAAGAAGAGGAAGUGGAAGUGGAGGAGGAAGUCCCCUUGGACAAAAGGACCAGAACGGAAAGGGGAGAAUCAAGUGGCACGAAACAAGAUGAUCAGUGGAUGGAGAAGAAGAUUACAGAGUGGGUUGCAAACCUGUCGCUGGGAGAGGAGGAGGAAGCAAUGCUAUAUGUCCCCAAGGCAGAACAAGAGGCGGUGGUGAAAGAGUUAGAGGACGAGCAAGACCCCUUACGCCGCCAGACCAUAGAGGAGGAGAAGAAGUUGGAGUGGAAGUUGCGCCUCGCAAGAGAAAAGAGGCAACGAUUGGAUGCAGCAAAUAAGGUCGCGAAGGAAUUGGAAGUGGUGGAGGAGCAAAGACAACAAAUGGAAAGCCAGGCGGAUGUGCUAGGUAAGAUGGAGAUUAUGGCUAGGAAUAUAGAACUACCAAGAUACCUCCAGUUCCUCUGGAGGUGGGAGCGGAUGUCAGGAGAGGGGCUGAUGGUGACCGCCAUCUUGGACUAUAGCCAUUGCAAUCGGGAGGCAAGGCUAAAGAUAAACAUUGAAGGGGGGAAGGAAGAGGAGAUGAGAGCGGAUCAGGGCCUGCAGUUGGCUAUCAUAGAAGCCAAGGACAGAGCCGAGAGGAGGUGUAGACGAGACGGGGUCACAUACGAAAUCAAGGUGACCGUCUCGUACCUGGAGGCAGGGACUUCAACAGAUACGGCAGAGAGGGAGCAGUGGCACCUUGACCGCGACACAGAAGCAGAGAGUGAGGAGAGUGACCAGGAAGUCAAGACCCAGUCCUGGCACGGGUUGGAUCAGUGGCAGAAGAACCACUCGCCGACCGAGCACGUGGAGAGCGGCCUGGAGGCCAACUCGCGACGACGAGACCAGGGAUCAAGCAGAGAUAAGAAAGAGGGUUGGGAGUAUGAGGCUUGUCAGGACAUGGACUCUCACAUGCAGGCUCAGAGGGAACUUGCGGUUGGGAUAGCCAAAGGGAAAAAGUCUAUCGAAUAUGUGCUCUACUUUUAUGGCCACGACGAUAAUCUACAUAGCACCGACUCGUUUCUAGAAACGGUGGAGCAGGCCAGGGCAAAGCUCAGAAAGGAGCAACUAGAAGAACAAGUUUUCGUAGCCUUUGUUAGGCCUGUCACCGAGCCUAAGGAAGAGAAACCUAUUGAUCCAAUUAUUGUCAAGUUGCUAGAAGAAUAUACAGAUUUGGCUAAGCCGCCGACAGGAGUAGUGCAGUGGCCGAUCCAACAUUUCAUUGAGAUAGAGCCUGGCAGUAGAACUCUGAAAGGAGCAGUGUAUCGAAUGUCCCCAAGGGAGUUAGAGGAGUUGUGCAAGCAGUUAGACGAGCUUCUCGAAAAGGGUUGGAUUAGGCCCAAUUCGUCUCCUUUCGGAGGACCUGUUCUGUUUGUCCCCAAGAAGGAGGGAGAGUUAAGGGGUCUUAAGGCCAUCACAGUAAAGAAUGCAGAACUAUUGCCCCGUAUAGAUGAUCUCUUAGAUCGGGUGCAGGGCUGCAAGUAUUUUUCUAAGAUAGACCUGAAAUCUGGUUAUCGUCAGAUAGAAGUCCAUCCUAAUGACCAGUAUAAGACGACAUUCCGAACGAGAAACGGGCACUACGAGUUUAUAGUUGUUCCCUUUGGACUAACCAAUGCGCCAACGACAUUCCAGCGCUGUAUGAAUGAUUUGUUUAGGCCAUGGUCAGAUAGAUUCGUGGUAGUGUACUUGAAUGACAUCCUAGUCCUUAGUAAGACCCUCCAGGAGCAUGAGGGUCAUCUGAGGCAAGUCUUGAAGAAGCUGAGAGAAGCUAACUUCAAGAUCAAUGCGAAGAAGUGCAAGUGGGCCAAGACGCAAGUCCUGUACUUGGGCCACGUGCUAGAUGGUGAUGGCAUAAAACCUGAGAACAAUAAAAUAGCAGCGAUUAGAGACUGACCAACUCCCCGCACAUUGACAGAGUUGCGGUCGUUCUUAUGAUUGGCCAAUUACUACAGAAAGUUCGUCAGGAAUUUUUCUAUCAUCGCUGCCCCCAUUCACAGGUUGCUAAAGAAAGAAACGAUCUGGAAAUGGGAUAAAAUUGUACGUUGGCC